GUGGGUACCCACAAUAUUCCACCAAAUGUGCCGUCUCGCUCGCUGUGGUUGUCUGUGUUCGAUUAUUGGCUGAAAAUGUGGGGACAUGAAUGUUCUCGACGAGCUCAAACCUUGCUGAUCUUUUUUGAACUCGAGAUAUUGCUCAAGGGCAGACCGCUUUCACCCCCACAGCCCCCUCAUCACUCAGUAUCGCUCUAACCGCAGCUGUGGAGUGAAAUAUCGGCAUUGACAUACCAAGACAGUCAACUCAAUGAGGAACGGCAACCUUAUCUACCCAAGGACUGCCGCUGUGGACAUUUUGCUUCUUGACAUUAAUUUGAUUGAACAUAAAUAAGGCCUGAAGUUUGUAACCGCUGUGCAGCGGCUGCACUUCCUGUCCUUUACACUUCAGAGAGACAACAACUUAGGGUCAAUGCGGGAUCACGUCGCUUUAGGAGGUUAUAAGGAAUAAGAACUUCAUUUCUAACUUUUCCCUCCAGAAGCUUUAUAGACAGAAAACGACAGCUUUGAAAGCGUAUAUGAUUUGUGAGGGGCAUGAAUAGGUCUGAGCUGUGGCACGUUAAUGAAGAAUUGAGAUACAUUACAGAGAAAAACACCCAGUGGACUAUUAAGAAAACGGCUCACUUUACGGACGCAGUCAGAGGUUGUUACGCAACAAAGUAUUUUCCCCAAAUACCUGAACUGCAAAUUCAAUCUGGUCUGUUCAAUCAGUCACGGUGAAAAAAAAAGAGUUCUAGGAGUCAAUUAGCCGUUAAUGAGUUCACAAUGGUGUGAAUAUGCUCAGUGAGGUCAUGUAAGUGCCCGGCGUCUGGCGCUGGAGGGCAGGGAUCAUUUCCCGACUGUGGAAGUUGACUCAGAGUCAAACUGUGUCCUUCCCCGGCUUGUUACUGGCUGAGAGGAUCGCCCAUCCCAGCCGCAUAAUUCCAUCUGGGCUAAAUAUUUAGACAGAGGGGGAACGACAUCACUUGUCCACAACACAUCCAUUCACAUAAGAGGGGAGAGCUGCUCGCGGAGUAGAGUCAGAGUGACCCGCUCGCUUUGCCCGGAGGAACGUCGCCGCUCCUUGCUGACUUUAGAAGAGAUAAGCUUUAAACAAAAAAAAGUUUUUGUACAAGCUCGAGUUCACGAUGAUCUUUUUCGUUUCUGUUUUGGGGGUGAUUCUCUCCUUGUAUCAAAUUGGGAAGAAUCCUGCCAGUGCUGGGAUGUGCUGGCUGCAGCGGAGUCAGGACCAAAGGUGCGACAUGGUGCUGAUGAGAGGGGUGACCCGGGAGGAGUGCUGUGCCGGCGGACGCCUGGACACCGCGUGGUCCAACAGCAGCAUGCCCAUGAAUGAGGUCAGCCUGCUGGGCUUCCUGGGAGUCGUGUCCUGUAAACCUUGCAAAGAGACUUGCGAGGGAGUGAGCUGCAGUCCCGGGAAGGUUUGCAAAAUGAAGACGGGAAGGCCCCAGUGUGUGUGCUCUCCGGACUGCUCUCACAUCACCAGCCGGCACGCUGUGUGCGGCAGCGACGGGAGGUCCUACAGGGAUGAGUGUUCUCUGCUGAUGGCCCGCUGCAUGGGCCACCCGGACCUGGAGGUCAUGUACCAAGGAGACUGCAAAAAGUCCUGCUCCAACGUGGUGUGCCCCGGGACGCACACCUGCGUGACCGACCAGACCAACAGCGCGCACUGCGUAGUGUGCCGCGCGACCCCGUGCCCGAUCCCCUCGUUGUCCGAGCAGCCCAUCUGCGGCAACGACAACGUCACCUACCCGAGCGCCUGCCACCUCCGCCGGGCCACCUGCUUCCUGGGCCGCUCCAUAGGAGUCCGCCACUUCGGCCACUGCAACAGUCCACCCCGGAAACCUCAGCGCUUCGAAGGCAGCGAGGAAAACGCCGUCUGAAGAGACGGGCCCGGUCCACAAUUUCCGAGCGUCGCACCACUAGCUUCCUACGAUGACCUCUUUUUGUUUUCAUAAUCACUGCCCCUCCUCUUUGUACACAGAGUGACAAUAGAAUUUAGAAAAAUCUACAAAAGUGUAAAUGCCUCGAGUAGAGCUGCGGAACCCCAGGGAGCAAUUGGCAGAUGAACCAGACAGAUUUAUCUCAUUGGCUCUUUGGGAGAUGUGUGCAUAUUGUAUAUAGAAUUCCACUGCUAUUUAUUGGAGAAGGUAUCAAACUCUAUUUAUGUUUUUACCCAAGUAAGAAAUCCAUAUAUCAUCUGGAAAGCUGAUGCAUAAAUCGUAUUUAUUGUGUUUUUUUGUUGAUUGCAAGUCGGUGGAAAGCCUCGCUUGUUGGGGUUGGCAAAGUUGAUGCCACUUUAUAUACUUAGGCUUUUGUCUGGAGGAGAGGAAAGGCUGAAAUAGGCCGUAAUCGUAAUCAGCAUCGUCUGACUGAAAGAGAAAUUAAAUUUGUCUGAGAAUGGACUUCAAUUAAGGCCAAUUGGAUAUACCCGAUUAUAGCGUAAGAGACAGGUGAAUCAGUCCACCUGCCAUGAUGUAAUCCUCUCACUAUGGAACACCUCAAUCACUCUCCUGUAAAUAACAGUCUCUGUGUACCUUCUGUGAAAUUUGAAUGCCAAAUGCAUCAACAUAUUUUUGUAUUUUUGUACUGCCAUUUCAAAAACAAUAUAAUGUUUAACAGUU